GCAGUGGUUCUUUGUUCUGAUGCUACAAUAAGAAUAUUACAAUUAAAUUACUUGACAAAAUCAAUUGUCGAAUCCAGUCGUUUCCAACUUUGUUCUAUGGCAAUGUUUAGUUCUAUAAAUUUGGCUGGAUUAAUUGAAGGGACGACAACCUCUCCUUCUCAACUUCUUUUUUCAACUACAACUUCAGGAUAUUUAUAUAUUUUUAAAUUGUUGAUAUUAACAAAUGGAACAACAAAAAUUGAUUUAUUAAAUGAGCCUUAUUUGGUUGAAAAAUGCGGACUUUCCGUUAUUUCUUCUGAAAUCUCUCUCUUCAAUAAUCAUCAACAUUUUAUCCUUAUUGGUUCAGAAUCGGGUUCAAUCUCAAUUUUAACAUUUGAUUCUCUACUUGGAAAUGUGGAAAAUAAUAUUUUUGUUAAUUUACAUGCCUCUACUAUAACAGCGCUUAAAAUUUGGAAAUCUUCAAUUCAAGACUCAACCUUAGUAAUUGCAAGUGUUGCUUUAGACUGCCGACUUUGUAUUGGAAAUUAUAUUCCUGACAAAAAUGAGUUAAUUCCUCAAAUCCAAAUUUGCCUUUCAAUUUCUGACCCAGCAGCUUUAAUUGUUUUACCUAAUCGAACAAUAAAUAAAUUGAAUGAAAGGAAUAAAAAAGGUUUUAGUUGUAUCAUUUCUGGUAGUGGAAUUGAAUGUAUAAAUAUUUAA